CGAAGCCUAAUAACAAUGUACGGAGAAUUGGAAAUUCCUGUCUCACCGGUGAAAACUACUUCCGGCUUUGCAAGGCGUCAGCAGGGAACAAGCUGUAUCCACCAUCAUGACAGUUAGGUCCACAACAGCGAGUUUGUCAAAGCUUCGGGCGUUGAUGAAGAAUAUUAGUUAUGUGAAUGAACCCAUUCAUGCAUACAUUGUACCUACUGGUGAUGCGCAUCAGAGCGAAUAUGUUGCUGACUGUGACACGAGGCGAGCCUAUAUUUCUGGUUUUACAGGAUCUGCAGGCACUGCCAUAGUAACAGAGUCAAAGGCCGCUCUGUGGACCGAUGGCAGGUAUUUCCUCCAGGCAGAGAGACAGCUGGACAACAACUGGACACUCAUGAAAACAGGUUUAAAGGACACACCUACCCAAGCAGAAUGGCUAGUUAAGGAGCUGCCAACUGAAGGGAGAGUUGGUGUCGACCCCUUUCUUUUUUCUGUGGAACAGUGGAAGCCAUUGUCCAAAGAGCUGAAGUCCAAUGGUCACAACCUGGUGCAGGUGUCACAGAACUUGGUGGACAUGGUGUGGGAGGAUAGACCUCCACCCCCAAACAACCCCCUCCUGGUGCUGGGCCAAGAAUAUACAGGUCAGACAUGGCAGGAGAAGGUGAAGCGGGUGAGGGAGAAACUUCACAGCAAGCAGGCCACGGCCAUUGUAGUCACAGCCCUCGAUGAGAUCGCAUGGCUGUUCAACCUCCGGGGCUCCGACAUCCAGUACAACCCGGUGUUCUUCUCCUACUCAGUCAUAACCUUCGAUGGAGUGUAUGAAAAGUCAAGUUAUGCCUUGGUCAGUCUUAUUCCAAAGGUAAGAAUUACAAUUCCCCCCUCACCGGUUGCUGCCUUCAAAGCUGUCAAGAACACAGUGGAGAUUCAAGGGAUGAGGAGAGCACAUAUCAAAGAUGCUGUAGCAGUCUGUGAAUUCUUCCACUGGUUGGAGAAAGAUCUCUCUAAUGGUACGAUCACAGAGGUUUCAGCUGCUGAUAAGUUGGAGGAUUUCAGAAGGCAACAGGAGGACUUUGUCAGUCUCAGUUUUGACACAAUAUCCAGUAUAGGACCUGACGGCGCUAUUAUUCAUUACAAACCUUCAGCAGAGACUGACAAGCCAAUCACAAGCGACCAAAUAUACCUGUGUGAUUCCGGGGCACAAUACAGAGAUGGAACCACAGACAUUACCAGAACAGUCCACUUUGGAUGUCCAACAAAAUAUGAACAGGAAUGUUUCACAAGGGUUUUGAAGGGUCAUAUCAACUUAUCGAGGACAGUGUUUCCAAACGAAGUGAAAGGACACAAUCUAGACACAUUGGCGAGGGUGGCGCUGUGGGAGGUUGGGCUCGACUACUUGCACGGCACGGGACAUGGAGUCGGAGCUUUCCUUAAUGUACAUGAGGGUCCAUGUGGUAUCAGUCCACGAGUGUCCCUGUCAGAAAUCCCCUUAGAAGAAGGCAUGAUUCUGUCUGACGAACCUGGUUACUAUGAAGAUGGGAAAUUCGGAGUGAGACUCGAGAGUCUGGUGCUUGUAGUGAAGGCAGACACAAAGUACAAUUUCAAGAAGAAAGGUUUCCUUACUUUUGAGCCCAUUACGUUAGUCCCAAUCCAGACCAAGCUGAUCGAUCCUUCGCUACUGGCGGAACAAGAGAUCGACUGGUUAAACGAGUAUCACAUGCGAUGUCGAGAGGUGGUCGGAGCAGAGCUGAAGAAACAAGGAAAACUGAAAGUCCUCGACUGGCUGAUCCGGGAAACAGAGCAGCUGGGCUAGACAUAACCUUCACCUUGAUAAUGGCCAAGUUUCGCAGAACGAAUCACAAACAUCAGUCUCGUUGAUGGAUUUGCGUAAAUAAGUUUCAGGGGUUAACAUUAUGAAACCACACAAAC